CGGCUCGCUCGCUCUUCGCUCCCGAAACCGCCGACCCAGUCCUUUCUAAAGAGCGCCGAACUCGACGCUCUGGCUAAAAUAGUCCCCGAGGGCCAGAGCUUUGGUGAACGUGUGCCAGCAUCAAGCCGGAGGGAUUCUCUGCACGAGGCUCGGUUGCUCGGAAUGGUUACGCCCGUUGGCUCUAGGGACCGUCUCUGAAGAAAAAGGAAAGUGAAGCCCAAGAAAAUUGAGUUCUUUUGCAAAGUCACAAAACUGAAUUGGACCCAGACCCCGGAACUCCCCUCUAUAUGCACCACCUGGACGAAUCUUCCUUGUCCUUGACUUCCCAUUCUACCCUCCUGGCUUCCCAGUAAGCACUGGGAAUCAACCUGGGUCCCUAUGCAUGCUAGCACACAGCCUUGGGAUCACCUUUGACCAUUCUCAACCAAGCUAUGCAUGCCUGGGACCCCAAUGGCCCACUGUCCCCGGCACUGCCUCUUGCUUCCUCAGCUCUGAUGCUGCUGCUGAGUAGCCUAUGGCUACUGGGGGCUGGCCCCAGCCUCACACUGGCUCCCGAACUGCUGUUGAACCCCUGGCAGGUGCACCGGCUGCUGACUCAUGCUCUGGGCCACACUGCGCUACCAGGCCUGCUCCUGAGCCUGCUGCUCCUGCCCACUCUAGGCAGGUGGCAAGAGUGCCACCUGGGCACACUGCGCUUCCUACAUGCCUCUGCUCUGCUUGCCCUGGCCACUGGGCUGCUGGCUGUGCUGCUGGCAGGCCUUGGGGUGUCCAGUGCAGCUGGAGGCUGUGGAUACAUGCCUGUCCACCUGGCCAUGCUGGCGGGUCAGAGUCACUGCCCUGGAUGGCCUUGGUUGCCACCAUGGCUACUGCCAUGGCUACUGCUAGUCCUGACCCUGCUACUCAGCUCCGAGCCACCCUUCCUGCAGCUCCUUUGUGGCCUUCUUGCUGGUAUGGCCUAUGCUGCUGGGGCCUUCCGGUGGCUAGAGUUCUCAGAGCAGCGACUGCAAGUGUUGCAGGAAGGUAUCCUAUGUAGGACUCUGGCCCAGUGCUGGCCACUGAGGCUCCUUCCCACCCCAAGCAGCCUGACUGAGCUGCCUGUCACUUAUCCCACUGGAAUGAGGCCUACCACCUCUGGACCUCCUUACCUGACCUCCCCAGCCCCCUGGUCCCACAGUGAUGGCUCUGCCUGGUUCCCACCAGGCCUGAGGCCUGUGCAGCUGCUGUGGGAAGAGGGCUUAGACUGGGCUGGAUCUAGCUUUGCUCCAGGAACCCCAACGUGGGCCGCCCUGGAUGAGCAAAUGCUACAGGAAGGGAUCCAGGCCUCACUUCUUGAUGCAUCAGUCCAGGCUCCCCAGAGCUCAAUAUGUUUGCCCAAGGCCUCUGUGUCUUCUUUACGGCUGCAGCAGCUAGAGCACAUGGGCUUCCCUACUGAGCAGGCCGCAGUGGCCCUGGCAGCCACAGGCCGAGUGGAGGGUGCUGUGUCCCUGCUGGUGGAAGGGCUGGUGGACACUGAAGCCCUGGUGACUGAGGGGAGGAGUGGUCCUGCCCACUAUAAGGGUUGUGGGCCCCCAUAGCCAGGAAGAGAACAGAGGACAUAGGCCUGUCCUAGGGGCAAGUAACCUGAACCCCUGCUCUGUUUCGUGGGGGCUUGGUGGGGUACAGGGUAUCCCUGGGGGCAGGGUGACCCCUGGCAUGUUACCCCGAUACUUUCUGAGAAUAAAAGCCAGCUUGUUUUUCAA